ACUGCGCCGGAGCAUCGACAUGACAUGCAUUCACUGGCCUAGGUAGUUGCGACUUGCGACAUCGAGAGAGUCCUUGUUUCAAGAAUCUAGCGACCUAAAAGACAGGCAUUAUGCUUAUCAGGCUGCCAAGAGGCUCAAAAUGGAAAGUACGCAUUGUGUUUAGCAUUGUUGUUUGCUUCUUAAGUUUAGCACUGAUCAGCAAGUGGGUUUAUGUAUCAAAGAUUCGAGGAACUCCCUACCUACGUGUUCCUGCUUUUUUGGUAGGCCAGAGGAAUAAUGGCCUGCGACUGGGAAUUCCUGUUUACGCAGACACUAAACGAGAAGAACUAUUUAAGCCUGUUCAGAAUUUCAACUCUGAGCAAGAUCGCACUCUUAAUUUAACCUUGAAUCGUGUCCAGCAACUGCGGAACGUUGCGAUGAACCAACCGGACAGCGCAGAGAUGACUUAUCGUGAUCGUGCAGGUGAAAUCCUUAAGAACUCAGCUGGGAAAAUUUUCAACGUAUUCAUUUGGGAUGAAAUCUGCGGAGAAAGUCUAGACAAUCUUUUCAAUUAUCCUUUAUUCCCCUACAUGCCUUCUAGGAAGCGCUUUUCUAAGAGUUUCAAGCUUCCUAAUUACGGUAAGAACUAUGCGGUGUGGUUGGUUGGUUACAUGAUACCAUUCUGUAGCGGAAACUUUCGCAUUGAUCUGAAGAUUAAAAGUGGUAACUCUGAAGUUUGGAUAAGCGAUGACCAGACGAGGGAGAAAUUAAAGCAAAUUAUUAGAACGAACGCGGAAGGUAAAAAAACAAAGGGGGAACUUAACCUUGAAAAAGAUCGAAAGUAUUACUUUGAAGUCUUUCAUAAACAGGGUCAUGGUACCCAAAAUGUUGAAAUAGUUAUAAAGCACCAAGAUGCCUCAUGCAGGAGAAACGAGCAAUCUGUCACAUUUGAACCUUACAUUCCCACGGAAACUAUAUGGGGUUACAAAACCCCUGCUGUAGAGUUCAAGCCGGAUUUGCUAAAGAGAAUGAAAGAGAAGGCAACUCCUACAGCAGCUGGAACACAUUCUUUAAGAGAUGAAAUUUUUAAAAUUCCGUUUAUAGAUGAAGCAGAUAUAGCAGAAAUUUUACCAAAGUGCACAUAUAAGCCUAGUUACAUAGUACAAAAUCAUUUAAACAAGUAUGAUGGUGUGUGGGAAACACAUUUUUCAUCAAUCUACCCAUCUGAUCAAACUAACAUAACUGAUCUUUUAUCUUCUGGAGAGAGGCAGAUUAUCUUUGGAAAUGAUUUAUUGCAAGAUGAUGUUGUUAUGAAAGUUGUGAAUAGCAUAGCUGCUUCAAUAAAACAGAAGAAUCCAGGAAAAUAUCAGCUGGCAUCGAUAAUCAACGUGGAGGAGAACAUCGACCUUGAGAAGGGUAAGAGGUAUCUGGUAGAGCUGGAGCUACUCGAUUUAAAGAAGAACAGGCCGGUUAGGUUUUCUGAGUAUGUCUUUUUACCCAAGGGAUCAUCAUCGUUCUGUUAUCCAGAGAAUUUUAAGUGGAAUAAAAGCUCGGUGGUUAACGUAAUUUUGACUGUUGGAGGUCAAGGACGAUGGGCAAAGUAUUUUGUUGAUGCAGUCGAGGAGAUAUAUAAAGUGUCCAAGGAUGAGAACAUUAACUUGAUUAUUGUCGACUUCGAUAGCAAAGAUGUCAACCUGAAAGAUGAACUAGAGAGAAGCGUUAUACCACGAUUCACGCUCCUGAAUCGCUUUGGUGGAUUUUUCAAGAGUGAAGCAAUUCAACAAGCAGCAAACACAGUAACGGACCCGAACAGUAUUAUUCUAUUGAUGGACCUGCAUCUUCUUAUUCCACAUAACUUCAUUGAUAUUGUUCGCAAGCACUGUGUUCAGAGCAAGAUGACGUUCAAUCCAAUCCUCGCUCGCCUAAACUGCGCUGCGAAUCGUCAUAAACCAGAAGGAUUCUGGGAAAACGUUGGCUAUGGAAUUUUCGCAACCUAUAAGUCAGACUGGGAUAUUUUUGGUGGCAUGAACUACGCAGCAUUUAAAGACCACUGGGGAGGAGAAGACUGGGAGAUGCUAGAUCGCGUACUGAUGUCAAGGUUUGAAGUCGAAAGGCUGAAAGUUAAGAACCUUUUCCAUGUAUUUCACACGAAAAAAGGGAUGUGGCAUAACUUUGGAACAUGAUGAUUUACAUUCAAGAUAAUAAGUCCCAAAUAUUAUAAUUUAAAAUUUCAUUAUCUACUGAAAAUUACCCAGAAUAUCAAGAAUGCCUUGAAGAAGUAUGUAUUCAAACCAAGCUUGUGUAGAUGAUGGAGGAGAUUUAGCUGUCAAGAUUUAGCUGUAGAUCUCCGGAGGAAGAUGUAAACAGUCAAGUAGGUUUUGUAGUGGAUUGACAGUUGAACAACUAAUAGCUUAAUUUUACACACAGAUAUCACUCGUGCGUCAACACAAUUGUCCAUAUACAUUUGUUGUAUUGCAACCGUUAUGUAGACUUAUCCACAUCGAGUCUUUACACAUUUUGUAAAGGUCUGGCUGGUAAUCAAUUCAAAUAACCUGGAAAGAGCUUUGCCCAGCUUUUCUUGCAUAUGACCCAUUGAAUCGAUAUUUGUGGCCUUUAGUUGCAGAGAGCUGUGCACCCUACUGUUGUACAGUUACAGACAAGAUUGGGUCUCCGGCUUCUUUGCUGUGAAACACUCAUGAAAAGAAAUUCAGGAUAUAGGGGAUUGUAGUGUUUUUAAGUUGUAGUAGAAUUUUUCUCAGAAUUCCAUCCGUGGUAGAUCCCUGCUAGAUGUACAUAGAUUUUCUAGUUUGUGAUUUUCUUACCAGAAAUUUUUUAAUUCUAGACGUUAUCUUUGUCCCGGUUUUGUUUAUGAAGAAUAUUAUUCAUCUGAUUGGUAGUGUUAAAAAUAUAUCUUAAGCAUCCAAGAUAUGCAACUAAAGCGUUUGUUACAAUCCAAUCUUUUUGUUGCCCGCUUGUAUGGUUGAAACUGUCAAUUUGUCAAUUUUAUCGAAUCAAUUUUUGCGUCGGAUUUAUUGAAUUGAAAGCAACCUUCUGCAUGGUAAGAUUUGGUUGACUUUGUUUUACGAAGCAAGAGCACUUGUAAGGAGAGCGAUAGCACAUAUUGCAUUUAAAAAUCAAACGGAUUUUUGCAAGAUUAAAAUGGACAAGCUGUCCAAAUAAUUGAAGAUGCUUUUACAUUUCCGUUGGCAUCUACAACAAGCUUGGAUGCUCUAAACUUUGAUGCCAUUUGCUAAUUUUUAAUGGAAGGCUUUUGACGCUUUGAAAUGUCCUUAACCCACCAGUCGUCGAUCAGUUUGUCGUCGUCUUUUUUCUUGAAGCAAGCAGUUUUCAGUUUUUGAUUUCUGCUUUUGUUGGGUUUACGCACCAAAGGUGUUCAAAUCUGAAAAAUUUAACCAGACUCUUUUUGUGUUCAUUAGUCUAAGAUACUUUCCCAAAAAUGUAGGAUAGAUAAGUUUUUCUGCAAUUGUCAACUUGCAAGAACAGAUUUGAUAAAUUAUGCAUAAAUACCCGAAUGCACUUGUAUCAAUUUCAAAUGCUGUUUUUCUUGCAGUGGCAUUUUUGUAGAAUUUUUCUUUAUCUAUAAUGGACUGAAUGUGUGAUAUACCAAUGUAGAAGUUGGCUUACAGUGAUACAAGUUUGGAGAACAAGAAAUUAACUAUUUCUUAAUUUUGUAACAGGGGAUAUCAAAUUGUUAGGUUUUAGGUUAUAAAAUGGCUAGCAGUGUAGGGCAGAUGCUGCAUCUUGAGCUAACUGUUAACAUACCCUAUUCAGAACAAAGAUGCAUGGGGAACUUUAAGUUUAUGCCCGUCUACAUACAUGGAACGAUGUUUUUUGUUUAUAUUGGUAAUCUAUUCAAUAUACUGUUUCUUGCCUUUAUGUACCAAUUCUUAGCUUUAUCUAGUGUCUUUUCCGUAGUGUCAGUUUUCUCUUCAGUAUGCUUCUUACUUGUCUCUUCAGGAUCCACAAAUGAACCUCUAUUCCCAUGUUCAAUUAAUUAACUCUGUCAGUUUCCUCACGUUGCACUUUAUCCGGUGUUGUCACUUUUCAACGCAAUAACCGCAAAAUUUUCUAGUUCUUUGUGCAAAAGAACUGAACAGCAUAUCAACGAGGAUAUUUUCGCAGUUUUCCGAUUUCACAGUGAUUGUCAUUGGCCCAUUGCAUACUUGAGCCGCCGGUAAAGUUAUCUGGCUAUUCCUCUGUAAAUACUGUUGCGUAGUAGUUGUUAGCUGCGUUUAUAUUGUAGAUUAGAAUAAUAAUUUAUCAAAUGAUUAUAUAGCUAUCUCAAAUAA